UUUCUCCCGAUAUUGCUUCUCAGCUGAACCAAUUACUAUCACACUUGACUUCUAAUGAUAAUGAUCUUCGUUCAAACGCUGAAAAACAAUUGAAUGACCAUUGGAUCGCGCAACAACCGGACUUAUUACUUCUUUCUUUAAUACAGCUUGGAAGAUCUCACGAAGGAAUACACGACCGCUCUUUUGCUUUUGUGUUGUUUCGAAGAAUUGCAUUUAAAACAGUUCCAGGUCAAGAUGCUACAAUAUGGGCUCGCCUUCAAGAAGAAAGUAGACUAGCAAUCAAAAAUGAACUUUUAAUGUCGCUUUCAGUCGAGAGAGAGAAUACUGUACGUCAUAAAGUGUGUGAUGCCAUUUCAGAAGUUACCAAAAAUUUCCUUUUUACAGGACAAAAGUGGGACGAACUACUACCUGCUCUAUUUGAAGCCAGCAAAUCUCCUUCUGCAGAACAUCGUGAAGCUGCUUUACGCAUAUUUUCGGCUCUACCUAAUCUAAUCACUGAUCAACCUAUUGAUAUUGUAAAGCAAGUUUUUUCUGCAAAUUUACGGGACGCUAACAAUGCAACAAUUCGUAUGACUUCCCUUAAAGCUGCCGUAGCAUUCAUGCUGGAAACAGAUCAACCAAAUCGUACUUCUUUUGCUGAACUGAUGCCACAGAUGCUUGAGGUCUUAUCUCCGCUUGUAGCACAGCGUGAUGAAGAUGGUUUAGUUGAUGGCAUAAUGGUGUUCAUUGAAUUAGGUGAAAAUUUACCGCGUAUAUUUAGGCCAGUACUCCCUAUUGUUAUGCCCUUUGCCAUAAAUAUCAUGAAAGAUAAAACUUUUGAAGAUGGUACGCGUCAAACUGCUCUUGAACUUCUACUAACUUUAUCGGAGGCUUCCCCGUCAAUGAUGCGCAAAACUCCAGACUUCUGUUUACAAGUUAUCCCUAUAUCCUUGGAAAUGAUGACAGAAUUGGAAGAUGAUGAAGGAUGGUAUACAACAGAUGAUUUAGAUGAUGACGAUAAUGAUGAAAACUAUGUUAUGGGGGAACACGCCAUGGAUAGAUUAGCUCGCAAUAUUGGUGGAAAAGCUGUACUUCCCAUUGCCUUUAAUUAUAUUCCUUCCAUGUUGGGUUCAGAAAAGUGGCAGCAACGUCAUGCUGCACUUAUGGCAAUAUCUGCUAUUGGGGAAGGUUGUGUCAAGAUCAUGGAAGCUGAAUUGGGUAAAAUUAUCGAAUAUGCUGCGUGUAAUGCAAUCGGUCAAAUGUCGACUGAUUUCCAAGAUUCUCUCCAAAGGAAAUAUCAUCAGCCUGUACUUACAAAUUUGAUUCCGAUAAUGGACACUCCAGAACCGAGAGUUCAAGCCCAUGCAGCCGCAGCCCUAGUCAACUUUUGCGAAGCUUCAGACAAAUCAAUUCUAGAACCUUAUUUGGAUCCUAUUUUUGAAAGGCUUCUUGUUCUUCUAAAUUCUGGAAGAACUUACGUUCAAGAGCAAGCUAUCACAACUAUAGCUACUGUUGCAGAUAGUGCGGAAGAUAGAUUUGUCAAGUAUUAUAGUGCUAUUAUGCCGUUAUUAAUAAGCGUGCUUAGAAAUGCUCAUCAAAAAGAAUAUCGAUUAUUACGCGGCAAAGCCAUGGAAUGUGCAAGUCUUAUAGCUUUGGCUGUGGGUAAAGAAAUUUUUGCGCAAAAUGCCAAUGAAUUCAUUGAGUUAUUGGUUCAAACUCAACAAUCAGUCACAGAACCAGAUGACCCUCAAACAUCAUACCUUAUUGCUUCAUGGGCGAGAGUAUGCAAAGUUCUUGGCGUAGAUUUUGUCCCAUACCUUCCUAUUGUUAUGCCCCCUCUUUUGCAAUCGGCAAGCUUAAAGCCUGAUUUUGCUGUUUUAGAUCCUGAUGAUGAUAUUGAAUCUAAAUAUUCAGCUGAAGAUGGUUGGGAAUUUGUAGGCGUUGAAGGUCAGCAAAUUGGUAUAAAAACAACUGUUUUGGAAGAAAAAUGUACCGCCGUUGAGAUGCUUAUAUGUUAUGCUCGAGAACUUGGUCCUGCCUUCCAUCCGUAUGUUGAAAAGGUUUUGGAAAUUGUGUUACCUCUUCUAAAGUUUUAUUUUCAUGAUGGCGUUCGUAAUGCUGCAUCAGCUACUAUUCCGCAUCUCCUUAAUGCAGUUAAAAAGGCCAAUGCUAAUCCUGAAUAUAUAUUGAAUAUGUGGCACGUGAUUGCGAACAAAAUUAUCGAAGUUAUCAAGAACGAAGUUGAUCCUACCUUUUUAUGGCAACUUUACGUUACUUUUUACGAAUCAUUAGAAAUAGUUGGCGAUAACACAACGGAAGAAGGUGUUCUUGGAGAACUUUCUAAAGCUUUGCAUGUUAUCCUUAAAACUCAUAGGACAUCUUAUCUUCCGUCUUUUGACAAAUUGUUACCGAUUGUCUCUACGUUUUUGGCUGAUGCUAACCCUGCUGCUCGUCAAUGGGCUUUGUGUGUAAUUGAUGAUGUUGUUGAAUUUACUGGACCUGCAUCAUGGGCUUAUCAUACCCAUUUCUUAGAAAAAAUGAUUGCAUCAUUAAUGGAUAUAGCUUCCGAUGUUAGGCAGGCUGCUGCUUAUGGUAUUGGUGUAUGUGCCCAAUUUGGGGGCGAAAAUUAUUCUGGAGCAGUUGCAGAGGCACUAAAUAAUUUAUUCCAAGUAAUAAAUUCUGAUGGUUCCAGAAGAGAAGAAAAUAUAUACGCGACUGAGAAUGCGAUAUCUGCCAUAACUAAGAUUCUAAAGUUUAAUAAUAGUAAAAUUGACGUUAACACUGUGCUUCCAGCGUGGUUUGCCUCUCUGCCUAUCAUUCACGAUGAAGAAGAGGCAGCACUUUCUUACACAUAUUUGCUAGACUUGCUAGAAGCUCAACAUCCUAUCAUUCUCGGUAACAAUAACGAAAACAUUCCACGUAUGGUAGAUAUUUUCAGAGACGUACUUGCCGCAGUGAUUUUACCAGAACCAGUAACCAUAAGAAUGACAAACGCAUUAAAAGCUAUCACUAUUCUCA